GGCGGAUGCUGGAUCCGCCCCCCUGCGAAAGGUAUAUCGAAACCGCUCGUGCGUGUUGUGUUCAUCGUUAUCAAUAUUGAGGACAAAGUCAAAUCCUUAACUCUCAAAUCCAUAAUCAUUUCAUAACUGUAAAUCAACUGGGAUAAUAAAAUACUUUGUAGAAUGCCGAGUAUGCCCUAUCUCAGAUGAGUGAACGUCGCAUCGCUGUGAUUGGAGCCGGGGCAGCUGGGCUUUGUGCAGCACGCCAUCUAACGACAAAACCUGCUCAGUUUGAUGUGGUUGUCUUUGAGAAGUCGGAUCGUGUAGGAGGUACUUGGGUCUACACCGAGAGUGUUGGCUUAGAUGAACAUGGAUUACCUAUUCAUUCAAGCAUGUACAAGUCACUCAAAACAAAUCUACCGAAGGAGAUCAUGGCCUUUCCCGAUUUCCCUUUCGAUGAGAGACUACCAUCGUUCAUAAAGCACACAGAUGUCUUAGAUUACUUACAACAGUACUCAGACCAUUUUCAACUGGACAACUUCAUACAGUUUUCUACUGUAGUUGAGAUGGUGAGACCGAUAAAGUCUUCUGAUGAUUCGAUAACAUGGGAGAUAACUGUCUCAAACCUUCGAACCAGGCACCGGACUACGUCAAUCUUUCAUCAAAUCAUGGUUUGCAAUGGCCAUUAUGCCAUACCGAACAUUCCCGAUCUUCCAGGCAGAGAUAAGUUCAAAGGUUAUCAACUUCACAGUCACAACUACCGUCACCCUGAUGUCUUCAAGGAUCAGAAGGUAGUGGUCUUAGGAGCUGCAUCAUCUGGUCUCGAUAUCAUUCUUGAUAUUGCCCCUCAUGCAAAGCAUGUCUACCUGAGUCACUGGAAGGAUCGUGUGGUAGCCCCUCUUCCUGAUAACACAGAGCAGGCCAAGGAAGUUGUCUCUCUCACCCAGGAAGAUGUGGUUUUUGCAGAUGGAGAAAAGUGCAAACCUGAUGCCAUUAUCUACUGCACGGGCUACAACUACGACUUCAGUUUCCUCACUCCAGAAUGUCAGCUGACGGUAGAUGACAGACGAAUCAUGCCUCUCUACAAGCACAUCAUACACACCAGUUUCCCAUCUCUUGCUUUCAUUGGCAUUACACAGAAGGUCCUGCCAUUCCCUCACUUUACCGCGCAGGUCAAGUUCGUCCUGGCAAGCUGGAUAGGGACUUAUCAACUACCGGACCAAACCGAGAUGGACGUUUCUACCGAAGAGGACUUCCGGUGGAGAACCACCACCUUGAAGAUGCCACAUAGGUACGCUCAUUUCAUGGGAUCUAUCAUGAGAGAGUAUCAUCAAGAUCUUCUAGAGAUGGCUAAAGAACACCAGUUCAAACCCGUCCUCAUGGAUCUCUAUGAGGAGAUGUACAGGAUAAGAAGAAUCAAUCUCAUGCAUUACAAGAAAUUAGGUUUUAAGGUUUUGAACGAUGAAAACUUUCAACUACUUGAGGUUGACACUCAAUAACCUGACAUUAUACGUUGAGGUUGAACCCUGUGGACUUGGUCUAUAGGGUCUAACGUGGAGACUGUGUAUUAUAAUGAAAUCAAAUCGCGACCAUCGGAUUGAGUCCAUUUCCUUGCUGUCGCUAUAUUAAUAAAGAAAUGAAAUUUAAACAAGUAUAUUCAAAUUCAAAUUCAUUUUUUAUGUUUAGUGACUGAUGAAUACUUCAUACAUUUUUUGUAUAAAGUCAAACAAAAUAAUUUUAGAAUGAAACAGUAUUUUGUGUACGGAAAUCGGUGUGAUAAAUCCCAUAAAACAGAGGCUUGAGACAGGACACUGAAUCUAAAUAGCAUUCAUAAAAUAAAACAGGAAGAAAUUUGGAUAUAUUAAUGGCGUUGGUCGAGUUUGAAACAUAAUUAUAUUUUUAAAAUACUAAAUAACUCUAAAAAAACUUGGGUAAAAGUGUUUCAUGAGGGCUGUGUCCAACCAACAUUGGGCAUUUUUAUUUAUCCAGUGUGAUGAAAAUUUUGCCCAUUCUAAAGUAAUUGCUGCUUAUUUUGGUAACCUUACUGGACAAUAUGCUUUCCGCAUUGGGUAAAAUACUGCCCCAAAUUGGUUGGACACAUAAUUACCCUCGUGGUGGUAAAAAAUGUACCAUAUUUUUACAGUGUAUGAAGCGUCGUGGGGGUAUACAAUGGAUCUCUCGCUUUUGCGGCUUUUCCCAUCGCGGCUGAGCGUUCGUUGGCAUUACCACUCUCAGCAGAGGUUUAAAAUGGAGACACUAAGUUUGUUUAUUUUAUUUUUAUUUCUGCGUUCACAAUACAUUAGCAAAAAUAUUUACAUUGUUUGAAACAUACAAACUAAUCCAUAAUGUAUACAAUAUAAAAAAUACAUGAUUAGAAAAAAAAAUGGUGUGGGCAUAUACUUCACAUUUUAAUUAUAAUAAAAAAGCAACAUUAACAAAUGAACGCAGGAGACCGCCAUAGUGAGCGGUUAAGCUUGUAAUUGAUGGCGGCCUGAUAAAAAGGGUUCGUGACUAAGAUUGGUAUUUACUGAACAACACUUCAUCCCAAAUGGGUAUAGGAUGCACAAAGUAUGUAUAGCAAUAGAGUCUUGAAGCUCUUGUUGGAAUGCUCCCCAUGGAGUGGAGGAAGCGCAUACAUUGUGUGCAAGCAUAUCAGGAUCCGAUGACUGGGGUAUAUCUGUAAGGUACGACGUAGUUCCCAAUGUAUUGAGCACUAUAUAAAAGCGGAAUAUUUAAUAUUAGAACCCCCGAAUAGAUAACGCAUAUUCUAUCAUAAUAGUGAGCAAACAAACGUUAUAUUUUUUUGUUUCACGUCAAAUGAUAACCCUUUUCAAGGAUUUUUCUAGAAAAAAAACUUUUUAGGAAGUUGAGUAUUAUAUUGCUGAACGUAAAGGACAUCUGCUUCAUUCAAUUUUCGGAAUCGUCAACAGUAUGACAGUAAAAUAUGGGGCAAAAAUCCAUCAGUAUUAUAUGAUAAUCAAGAUGUAUCAUAAGUUAAUCUAGGUUUUAAUUAUACAUUCAAUACACAUCUGAUUCAUGUCCCAUUGAAGUGUGUGUGUGUGUUUGUUUUUUAAGAUGAUCUUUUCGAAGACUGGUGUAUCCAACUAAACACGAAUUAUUCUUCACCAGCGCCAUCUACAAUAUGUAAAAAUGGUGUUGUGAGUUGAGAAAAAUAUGAUUAAAUGGUGUUAUUUAGCUGAAGAAAUAGAUUGUUAUUCAGAAUUAAAGGAAAUUCAGUUGAUGUAUAAAGACAGAAACCAAGUUUGGUUUGUCGUAUUAUUACAAGUCUAUUCCAAUUUACAAGUUUAUUUAUUAAUUCGAUAUCAUAUUUAUCUCGUGAAAUGUAGACACCUGUGUAAUUUGCUCCUGUUAUUGUGUGAAUAGAUUAAAUGAAAUGAAAUACAAAUUGACUCCUACUUUAGGCCCAUACUCUGGAGAAGUGCUUACUCAACUUUGGGCUAUAGCCCCCCCUAAAAAUAAAUCCGUAGGAAAAUGGUGCCCUUUUUAAAAUAGAAAAUGCCCUUUUUUUCAAAAUGAAAUGUGCCCUUUUUCAAAAUAAAAUACCCUAUU